AUGUCUUCCAUUGAAAAACUUGCUAUUUUGGGGAUUCGUUCAUAUAGUCCGAAAAGCUCUGAAGUAAUCGAAUUUCAUACACCACUAACUGUAAUAGUCGGACCUAACGGAUCAGGAAAAACAACAAUAAUAGAAUGUUUGAAAUAUGCGACUACUGGGGAAACACCACCGGGUUCGCGCGUUGGCGGUGGUGGUGGUUUUGUUUAUGACCCAAAGUUAAGUGAAGAAAAUGAAGUCAAAGGUCAGGUUAAACUAAAAUUUAACAAUGUUAACAAUAAAGAAAUGGUUGUUAUAAGAUCUUUAAAAGCAGAAUUAAAAGAUAACUUGUCUAUUAAAACUACAACUAUUGAUAGUUUGAUAAAAGUCACAGAUCCAAUAACACAAGAAAUGACAUCCCUCAGUAAACGCUGUGGUGAUCUUGAUGUCGAAAUUCCUUUAAAUCUCGGUGUAAGCAAACCAAUUCUUGAUAAUGUCAUUUUUUGUCAUCAGGAAGAAUCCAAUUGGCCAUUGUCUGAACCUACUCCAUUAAAAAAAAAAUUUGAUGAAAUAUUUUCAGCGACUAAAUAUGCUAAAGCAUUGGGAAAUAUCAAUGAAUUACGUAAAAAAAAGAUGUUACUUCUUAAAGAAGAUAAAAUUAUGUUAGAACAAUGUAAAAAAGAAAAGGGGAGAGCCGAUAAUAUCACAAUUAGAUUAGAGAAUGAUCAACUUAAGGAAGUUAGUAUAAAACAAAAAAUGGAAACUCUUGAUGCACAAAUAAACAUUAAUAGUAAAGGUAUUGAAGAUCUAUUGGAGACAAUAAGAGAAUUGGAUAAAAUUAACGAGGGAAUUACUGUAUCAAAGAAAGAAAUUGAGAUGUUAAGAUUAACCAGAGAUGAAUUAAUGAAUCAUAUGAAUGAAUUAAAUGAAUCAGAUGAAGAAUUACAAAAAAUCAAGGAAGAAUAUAUGAAAAGAUUGAAUUCACGUCAAGGAGACAGGCAGAAUCUCGUGGCUCAAAAAAAUCAAUUAGAAUCAGAUUAUAAUAAAUUUCGCGAUUUACUCAAUAAAACUCUGGAAGAAAGUGGAAAACUUCAAUCUGAAAAGAAUACAAAUGAAAAGCGAAUUGAAGAAUUAGAAGUAUUAAUCAAAGAAACUAGUCGAACUUAUCAAUUUCGAUUAUUCGUGAAUGCUCUAUUGGAUGAUGUACAUAUAGCAAAAUUUAAGGAAUUACUUAAAACUACUAUCGAAGAGAAAGAACAUAUGUUUAAAACGAAGAGGGAUCAAGCCCAACAAAAAGAAAACGAAUUGAAUGCUCGAUUAAAUCAAUUAACUUCCGAUUUCAAUUUUCAUAAUCGUACAAAACAAAAUGCAAGAUCUAUUAUUGAUACUAAACGAAAAAAGAAAAGUAAAGAAAUGGAAAAUCUUCAAGAUUAUCAAACUUCUGAUUACGAUAUAAAUAUUCUCAAUGAUCAAUUGAUAAAAGAGGAAUCAGAUUUAAAUACAUUAAAAUUAAACAUAGAAAAUGAUAAUAUUCAUAAAACUUAUUUUACCAAACAAAAUGAUCUCAGAAAUGUAGAAAAUAAAAUAAAUGAUAUAGAUAGUGAAAUAUCAAACAUUACUCAAGAUUCUAGUUCGAGAGCUAAAUUGGAUUUACAAAGAACAACUAGAACAGAAAAAUCUGGUCAAUUACAAUCUUUAUUAACUUCUCAUAAAGAUGAGUUUAAGGAAGUAUUAGGUAAACCGAUGUGUAUUGAUACUCUUGAAAAAGACAUAUUGAAAACUUUACAAAAAAAAGAAAAAGAACUUGAGCUAACAGAGACUGAAGGUGAAAAAUUUAAUCGUGAAUUAUCCGCCAUUGAUGGAAAGUUACAAAUGUUACAAUCCGAAAGUAAAAGAAAAAAUAAAGAAUGUCAAGAAUAUAGUCAAAAAUUAAAUGCAGUUUGUGGUGAUCGAGACCUUCCAGGUAUUAUAAAAAAAGUUGAAGAAGAAUUAACCGAACUUAGAGAUUUACUUUCAAGUUUUACAAAUUAUUCUGAUUUAUAUAGACAAUUUUACAACACUUCACAGAAAAAACAGAAUUGUCCUUUAUGUCAUAGAGGUUUUAGUAAUACGGAUGAAUUGAAUAAACUUCAUCAAAAAUUACAAGAGUAUUUAAAUGAUAAAAUGCCAGAUAAAAAAUCUAGUACCGAACGAGAAAUCAUUAAUACUGAAACUCGACUAAGUGAUCUUCGAGAUCUGCAACCAGCACGGAUAGCUGUUGAAAAGUUACAAAGUGAAAUACCAGAUCUUGAGAGACAAAUUGAACAAUUACAAGAUAAAAGAACAAAUACAGAAUCAAGUUUAGAAGAUAUUUAUGUUAAUAUUGCUGCUAUAAAAGUCGAGAUUAGUCAGGUGAAUAUAUUACGUAAAGAUGUGGAGAAAAUUACUCGUUUACAUAAAGAAAUCAUGGAAAUUGAUGCUGAUAUUAAUAAUCUACAACAAUUACUAAGCAUUUCUGGUUCAACAAAGACAUUAGAAGAAUGUGUAACUGAACGUGAUGUGUUUCAAGCUGAAGCGAAAAGAAUUAGGAUAGAAAUCGAAAAUUUCAAUAAACUUAAAGAAACACGAGCACUUGAACGUUCAAAGCGUCAAGAGAAAGUUCAUCAAUUACGUUUUCGAUUACAAGAACAAAAAAAUAGCCUGGAAAAAUUUACACGUAUACAAAAUGAUAUUGAUGAAUUAACUGAUGAGAUAAAGUCUCAAGAGAGUUCAAUUAAAAAUUUGGAUGAGCAAAUAUCCAAAUUGACUCCUACGAUUCGGGAAGUUGAUAGUGAAUUAAAAGAAUUUCGGCGACAAAAAAUUGAGAAGGAAAAUUCUUUAAUGCAAGAUUUAAAUGAAAUAAAAAAAUCAUAUGAACAAUUUCUUGAAAUAGAAAGAUCUAUUGAGAAAUAUAAUUCUAGUUUUGGAGAUAAAAAAUUAGCCACUUGUAUAGAGAAGAUAGAAAAUAUUAAACAACAAAUGAUCACAAAAAAAACAUAUAUUGAAAAUUUAGAUAAACAAUUGCAAAAUAUGGAGAAAGAAGCAUCGGAAAUUCGAGAUACAGAAAGAAAUAUUGCUGAUAAUCUCAAAUAUAGACAAUGUCAGAAUAGAAUUAAAGAGAUUAAUACACGAAUAAAUGAAUAUAAUCAGAAAAUUAUAUCCUUAGGAUCAUCAUCUAAUUAUAAAGAACGAUUGGAUGAAUUACAAAAAAUGCAAUCAAAUGUAUUAUCCGAGAGAGCAAGAUUAGAUGGGGAACUUAAACAAUUGGAAGAGACUAUUAGAAGAGCAACUCAAGAAUUAAAUAAAGAAUAUAAAAAUGCUAGAGAAAAAUAUAAGGAAAAAUUUAUUGAAGUUAAAACUAAUGAAAUGGGUAUAAAAGAUCUCGAAAGAUAUGGUAAAGCACUUGAUAAUGCCAUUGUGCGAUAUCAUAAAUUAAAGAUGUCAGAAAUUAAUAAAAUAAUUGCCGAAUUAUGGAUUAAAACAUAUGGAGGACCUGAUAUUGAUUAUAUCGAAAUUAAAUCAGAUACGGAAGGAAUUAGAUCCAAUCAAUCUUAUAAUUAUAAAGUUGUUAUGGUGAAAAAUGGAAUUCAUAUGGAUAUGCGAGGAAGAUGUAGUGCGGGUCAAAAAAAUUUAGCAUCAAUUAUAAUUCGAUUAGCAUUAGCAGAAACAUUUUGCCUUAAUUGUGGUGUUUUUGUUCUUGAUGAACCAACUACAAAUCUUGACGAAAAACAUAUAGAAAAGUUGGCAAGUAGUUUGCGAACUAUACUUGAAUCUCGUAGAGGACAACAAAAUUUUCAAUUGAUCGUCAUCACUCACGAUGAAAAAUUUUCGAAAUUACUUGGACAAACAGAGUUUUCAGAUACAUACGUUAGAGUUCAUAAAGAUGAGAAUGGUUACAGUGUAGCAACCGAAUAUUCUUGGGAUAGUAGCGGGCCGCUUUGCCCCGCAUUCAUGGGUAAAACCAUGUCAUAG